AUGGCUUUCCAGUACCUCAUCACUCUGUGCGCCCUGGUGGCCUACGCCAAUGCUGGUCUCCUGGCCAGCCAUGUGGCCAUUGCCAAUCCUUCAGUGGAUGCCGUCGCCUCCACUCAGCAGAACGUGGUGAGAUCCUUUGCCGGCACUUUGUCCAGCUACUCAAAGGCGGUGGACACCCCGUACUCCAGCGUGAGGAAGAGCGACACCAGGAUCCAGAACAAUGUCUACACCCCGGCUGUUAAGACCACCACUUAUGGUGCAGCUCCUCUGUACACCCAGGCUACACCCAUUGUGGCCAAGACUCUGGUCCAUGCUCCAGCUCCCGUUGUGGAGAAGACCGUGUACGCUGCUGCUCCAGCUCCAGUUCUGGCCAAGACUGUGUACUCUGCUCCUGCUCCAGUUUACGCUGCUCCCGCACCAGUUGUGGCCAAAACCGUGUACUCUGCUCCUGCUCCAGUUCUGGCCAAGACUGUGUACUCUGCUCCUGCUCCAGUUUAUGCUGCUCCUGCUCCAGUUUAUGCUGCUCCUGCUCCAGUUGUGGCCAAGACCGUUUACUCCGCUCCAGCUCCAGUUCUGGCCAAGACUACUGUCUACUCCGCUCCUGCUCCAGUUUACGCUGCUGCCGCUCCCGUUGUGGCCAAGACUGUGUCCUAUGCCGCCCCACUGGCCACCACCAAUGUGAACCACGGACCCGCUGCCACCACCUACAGCCACAGUGCCCCAGCUCUGGGCGUCUCCAGCUACGGCAGCUCCCAGACGGUUCACUACUCCCCCGCGGAGAGUGUGUCGCACAUGAGCUUCGAUGGAUUCGGAACCCACUGGGGUUUCUAA